AUGGAGAAGAAGGUUGUCAAUGGCUGCGAAUACCAAAGGCAGGAAAUCGCCACAAGAUUCUGGAAUGUCCUUUCCUUCUUCUUUACCAUCCAGGAGUUCAAUCAGGAGCCCAGGCUCUUGCCCAACAUCACCCUGGGCUACAAUGUCCAUGACAACUAUCUGGAUGUAACAAUGGCUUCUGAUGCCCUCUUAAGCCUGCUCUCCACCAAGCAGGCCAAUGUGCCCAAUUAUAACUGUGGGAGACAAAAUCACCUGUUGGCUGUUCUAGAAGGGGCCAACUCUGGUAUCGCCAUCCAGAUUUCAUCGAUGUUGAGCAUCUACAAAAUCCCACAGCUCCACCCUUUCCUGAAAGACUUCCAGUUUUACAAUUCCUCCAUGGAUGGAGUACAUUGGGAUGUGGAUGGGGAUCUGGCAACAGACCUUCACAUUGUGAACUGGCUGGUGUUUCCCAACAUAUCGGUUCUUCGCGUGAAAUUUGGGACUAUCAAGAGGCAAAGUGCUACAGAUUUCAAGCUUACCAUUGAUGACGAUGCCAUUGUGUGGCCCAAAUGGCUCCACCAGCCCCUGCCCCAGUCCAGGUGUGUGGAGAGCUGCCACCCAGGAUUCUUCAAGGUGGCUCGGGAAGGAAAGCCCAUUUGCUGCUAUGACUGCACCCCAUGUGCAGAAGGGACCAUCUCCACUCAAGAAGAUUCAGACACUUGCGACACAUGUCCAGAAGAGCAGCUUCCAAACAAAGACCAGGAACAAUGUGUCCCCAAGGAGAUAACUUACCUCUCAUAUGAACACUCUUUGGGAACAAUCCUGGCUUCCUUUGCCCUGCUCUUGUCAUUAAGCACAGAACUGGUGUUAGGACUCUUUAUUAAAUUCUUAGAAACACCAGUAGUGAAAGCCAACAACCGAGACCUGUCCUACAUUCUCCUUGUCUCCCUCCUGCUCUCCUUCUUGUCCUCCUUCCUCUUCAUCGGCCGGCCAAGGAAAGCCACCUGCCUCCUCCGACAAGCAGCCUUCAGCAUCAUAUUCUCAGUGGCUAUUGCUUCUGUGCUGGCAAAAACGAUCACUGUGGUGAUGGCCUUCUUGGCCACCAAGCCAGGGAACAGGAUGAGGAGAUGGCUGGGGAAGAGUCUGGCCAAUUCCAUUGUCAUUUCUUGCUCCACUAUUCAAGUUGUCAUCUGCACCAUCUGGCUGGGCAUGUCUCCACCCUUCCCUGAUGCUGACAAGCACUCCCAGGCAGGACUGAUCAUCCUGCAGUGCAACGAAGGCUCUGUGGCCAUGUUCUACACUGCCCUUGGCUACAUGGGUUUCCUGGCUGCCGUCUGCUUCAUGGUGGCCUUCCUGGCCAGGAAGCUGCCUGGGGCCUUCAAUGAGGCCAAGCUCAUCACCUUCAGCAUGCUGGUCUUCUGCAGCGUCUGGGUGUCUUUCAUGCCCACCUACCUGAGCACCAGGGGCAAGUACAUGGUGGCUGUGCAGGUCUUCUCCAUCCUGGCCUCCAGUGCUGGGCUGCUGGGUUGCAUUUAUUUUCCUAAGUGCUACAUCAUUAUCCUGAGGCCUGACCUGAAUAACAAGGAGCAUCUCAUGAUGAAAAGUAAAGCAUGA